GUGAAGAGGCGUGUAGUGGGCGGUGGCGUUCUCAAGAUGGCUGCGCCCGCGGUGUUGCCGUUACCGGAGAAACCUAACCACAAGAAAUACAGAGCUGCUUUGAAGAAAGAGAAACGCCGCAGACGGAGGCAGGAACGGGCUCGGUUGCGAGACUCAGGACUGUCACAGAAAGAUGAAGAUGAAGAUGAAUCCAUUGUUGAACAACUGGAAGAAGAGGAAAAACAGUUAGAAGCUGAAAGGCAAAAAUUACAUGACGAGUGGUUGCUGAGGGAACAGAAGGCUCAAGAAGAAUUUAAACUAAAGAAGGAAAAGGAAGAGGCAGCAAAAAGACGUCAAGAAGAAGAAGAGAGAAAAAUCAAAGAAGAAUGGGAAGAACAGCAAAGAAAAGAGAAACAGGAAGAAGAGCAGAGACAACAGGAGAAGAGAGACAGAGAGGAAGCUGUGCAGAAGAUGCUGGAUCAGGCUGAAAGUCAGCUGGAAAAUGGUGUCACAUGGCAUAAUCCAGAACCACCAGUGGAUUUAAGAGCAACAGAGAAAGAUCAAGCUAAUUGUCCAUUCUACAUUAAGACAGGAUCUUGUCGAUUUGGAGAUAGGUGUUCACGUAAGCACAAUUACCCAACAUCUAGUCAAACACUUCUUAUUAGAAGUAUGUUUAUAACAUUUGGAAUGGAGCAAUGUAGAAGGGAUGACUACGAUACUGAUGCCAGUCUGGAAUACAGUGAGGAGGAAACCUAUCAACAGUUCUUAGAUUUCUAUGAAGACGUACUCCCAGAAUUCAAGAACGUGGGGAAAGUUAUUCAGUUCAAGGUCAGCUGCAACUUUGAACCUCAUCUAAGAGGAAAUGUAUAUGUGCAGUAUCAGUCGGAGGAAGAAUGUCAGGCAGCAUUCUCUCUAUUCAACGGACGAUGGUAUGCAGGACGACAGCUUCAAUGUGAAUUCUCUCCAGUAACACGGUGGAAAAUGGCUAUCUGUGGUUUAUUUGGAAGGCAAAAGUGUCCAAGGGGGAAGCACUGUAACUUUCUUCAUGUAUUCAGAAAUCCCAACAAUGAAUUUUGGGAAGCUAAUAGAGACAUACAUAUGUCUCCAGAUUGGAAUACAUCAUUUGGUAAAAGCUCAGAAAGGAGAGAAAGGACAGGUUACCAUGAGGAAUAUUACAGCAGAUCGAGGAGACGGCGAAGUCCUAGUCCAGAUCAUUCUUAUAAAAGAAAUGGGGAAUCUGAGAGGAAGAAAAGUAAUCAUCAUAGGAGUAAGAAAAAAUCUCAUAAACGUUCCUCAAAAAGUCAUGAAAGGCGACGUUCACGAAGUAGAGGAAGAAAGAGGGAUCGGAGUCGGAGAAGCAGGAGCCAGAGCAGAGGCCGAAGAAGCCAAAGCAAAAGUACAUCCAGGUCUAGGAGUCGGGACAGGAGAAGGUCAACCAGCAGAGACAGAAAUACUUAAAUCACAAACAAAAUACAUUUUUUUUUCAUUCUGAAACGUGUUGCUCUCAAAAUUGUAUCUUUUAGGGCUGCCAGAGUUACUUUUCUUAAUUUAAACCAACUUUUCAAAUCUAAAUUGUCCUGAAUACAACUCAGAAGGUAGUUUUUCAACCAGAAUAACUAACGCUGUUUAGAGCUCAUUUUGGGCUUUUAAAAGUCUAAUACAACAUUCUUGGCACUUUAAAGAGAGAAAGAGACAGACACUCCCCCUCCCCCCAACUUGAGAGCUAGAUCUUUUCUAGCCUUGUUCCCUUAUAAUAGAUACUCAGCUGUUUGGGGGAGACUGAAGUUGAAUCACUUCCACUACACCUAGUGAAUAUUGUCGUUUACAGCAGCACCAGUAACAACUGUCAUUUAUCAUAGAUUGGACAAAAGGGAGGCCUAACAAAGUUGAGAAAGGGAAACACAUUUUGUUUUUCCUUUAACACUAGUGUGCAUGAGCUUUAAAUGGAAAUGCUGCUCUUGGUUUUCUUAUUAGGAAAAGCUUUCCCCUUGCAAAGCAGUUUUAUUCCUGUUAAUAACUUAUUUCAAGGUGGAAGGUAGCGAGGAAAUUGGAGUAGGAUGAGACUUAUAAAAUGUUUUACAUGAAACAAAGCAGAGGAGGUGGAAAAGUGGUUACUUUAUUUUAAAAGUUGGAUAUGGGAUGGAAGUUUUUAACCUCCCUUCUGUGAAAGGAACCGAAGUAGUGUACUGUGCUGCUUAUUUUAGAAAGCUUGGUCUUCCAGCUGUUUUCUGAAGCAGUUGUUCAUGUGACUGAAAAUGCUCUGUUUUUACUAUAAAACUAUUUUGUAAUUGACUUUCAAUAAUGAAUAUCGUUAUGCAUAUGACUAUUUUCUCCCAAAUAAGUGUACAUAUAUGAUUAAUUUGAAACCCCUAAUUUUUAACAUUCCAUUAAAAAAAAAGUUGAUCUGGAAAUGCUUACAAAUGGUUUUGGAGAUAACUUGGUAACAUGAAAUAUUAUCUAAGGAACGAAUAUUUUGUUUCUCUGCCCUUCCACCCUCCCCAAAAUUAACACUGUUAUACUUUAGAAGUGAUUACUUCAUUUUGAACUUGUGGUUGUCUUUUUUUACAAAUCUGCCUUCUAGCAUGUGAUCUAUCAUUAGUCUUUUCCUUGAUUAAAUUUCCUUCAAGGAAGGCCCAGCUCUUGUUUGAGGUGCCAAUCAGGACUGAUGAAUUUGAUAAUAGCUGUUUGCUUUUCAGACAUCUUAGCCCAAAUUAAUUUAAUGCCUGGACAGAACGGAAAUGUCAUUUGUUCUCUUCAGGGAUCUAUGGUUUCCACUGAGCAAUUGUAAAUCCUUUUAAAUCUUGAGUAGAUAGUCUUAGCCUUAAUAAGUUGCUUCUCUCAACUUGACCAGACCUUAGAGAAGGCACAGUGUUCACCACCAAGACCUACAUUUUAGUAGAAACUCUUGUGUUCUGCUGGCAUGGCCUUCAAGAACCCUGAGGACCUUUUUACCACAUAGAAGGAUUAUGGCAUUUCCCAAACAUGGUUAAACUGCCCAUUUAAAUUUAAGAUGAUCAGAAACUUCAAGGGUUAACUUGAUUCACUUCAUAAGAGCCAACAUUCUCUGGGGAUAGAAAUUAUUCACUGGUUACCAUUUUUAUAAGUAGCUGGGGGGGUUGUGUACAGCAUCAGAACGGAACCAAAAGCUAUUGUGACUCAGUGACUUCUGAAAAGCAUCACAAAAUUGAAUUAUUCUGGGUAUUUAUUCAAGAUAUAAGCU